AUGGACCGCGACCGCCCCGCGGGCAGCCCUCUCAGCGCCAGCGCCGAGCCUGCGCCCCUGCCCGCCGCCACCCGUGACUCGAGCCCAGGGCGGACCGAGCCGGGGCCGACGGGCCCCGGGGGCGGCGCGCGUUCUGGGAGCGGAAGGCCGGCGGCGGCGAACGCGGCACGGGAGCGCAGCCGGGUACAGACCCUGCGGCACGCCUUCCUGGAGCUGCAGCGCACGCUGCCGUCCGUCCCACCCGACACCAAGCUGUCCAAGCUGGACGUGCUGCUGCUGGCCACCACCUACAUCGCGCACCUCACCCGCAGCCUGCAGGACGACGCCGAGGCACCAGCGGACCCCGGGUUGGGCACCCUGCGUGGCGAUGGCUACCUGCACCCGGUCAAGAAAUGGCCCAUGCGAUCAAGAUUAUACAUCGGUGCUACUGGUCAAUUUCUGAAGCAUCCUGUUUCUGGAGAAAAAGCAAAUCAUGACAACACUCCAACAGACUCACAGCCUUAAGCUCUUCCCCAGUGGGGGCUGGUAGAAGUGGUGGCUAUUGUUUUUAAAUACUAUGACAUAAUUCUAUAUUUAUUAUAUGAGACAUAACAAACAAAAUUUCUGGAAGUUUACAUGUGAACCCAUAGUUAGAUGUUCAGAUUUAUCUCUCUGAACAUGGAAUAAACAGCUUAUCUGUUCAGUGUAAGAGUCACUACUAUAUAGUGUAAGAGAAACUAUUGGAAAAAAGAAGUCACAUGAAAGCAAACAAUUGUGUAUAUAUCUAAAGAAUGCACACAUUUCUGUAGUAUCUGUUACAAACAGAAAAGUUCAUAUCUAUUGGUGCAGUCUUACUAGUUUAAAAGGAUAAAAUCUGUGUUUGUAAUAUACCAGUAUUCCAUUUUUGUGCAAACCAUACUGUGCUUAAGUUGGUCUAAGAAGCCAUUUCAGUUGAAGGAAACUUGCAGUAAUAUGAAGAUGCAGUAACUUCUAUAAGUAGUUAUUUUUCCCUCUUAUAAAACUUGUUUGGAGUAUUAGAAAUGGUUUUGUCAGAGGACAGGGCUUGGCUACCUUCCUAGAGGGUUAUUCUGUAUCUUACUGUGUUUGCAAUUUGUUGAAGGCUCUGGGAAUCCCUGCAGUCCAUUGUGAACAGGAGACCAGGUGUCAGUGAGCAGCUGAGUUCAUUACCUUCCCUAGUCACUGCAUAGCCACCCCACCCUCUUUCAUCUGGGCUAGAUGAGCUGUAGCCACCCUGGAGAGAGUGGCAAGUUCAGGCCUGAUGGGGGCCUCAAGUGAGCCCUCAUGACCCUCUUCAUAAUCAGUGUUGUGGUCUGGCUCCUUCUCCCCUUGUCCGUUGCUGUUCACAAGCUACCUGCUUGGCCAUUGUGAAAUGAGAGAAAUCCAGUCUGAUUUGGGAGUUCUGGCAAUGAUCUGCACCUUGAGAGGGUGUGGGAUACAGAGUGACUAUCCUGAGAUAAAUUCAGGCUGGAGCAGACCCCCUGAAUCUGCCCCAGUGAGAACCUCCAUGGGCUUCUCUCACCAUACCACAUGACAUUAAGUACCUGGGGAGCAGCUAGCUGGUUUGACUGAACCAGUGGUUUCAGUUUUCAGCAGGACCUAGGGAUCAGAGCCAUGAAGUAGAGAUGUUUGUGGGAAAGAUACGGAAUCCCAAAACAAUGGGAUGCAAUAAAGACAUCGGAAAAUAAAUAAAUAUCAGUCAUGGUUUUUGCUGACUUACAUUCCCUUGUAUCUCCCUUUCUUGCUUUUCUCAGUUAUUACUGUUCCCCUUUCCAAUGUGAAAUUUAUUUACUUCCCAAUAACCCACAGCUUUAAAGUUGCUGAGCUUGACCCAAGAUUAGCAAACGUAAAAGGUGUAUUAAUGGACUUAGUUGAACUAAUAGAGCAAUUGAACCACCAUUUUAUUUUGUUUUCAUCUCCGUUUUCUUCCAGCUUUUGGCAGUGAAGUGUGAAGUAAAAGAUCAUUCGAAGGCAAAAACUAGCAUUCAGUUGAUUCAGGUGAACAUGACUAUGUUUUGGUCAUAUCUGAUAGUUUAUAUGUUUUAUUGGGGUG